AGCUGAAUAUUUGCGAUGACGUUGACAUGUUUACAUUUCGGUUUUGUUCACAUUCACGGCUUCAUCACCAACAGUUUACUGCUCCAACAGUGCAAUUUCGUAUUAAACUCUCUUUCCAAAUUUGCAGAAUAUUUUCAAAGGUUAUCCUUUCUACCGACUGCAAAAAUGAUUUCUGAUGUCCAGCUGGCCGUGUUCUGCAACGUUCUGGGUGUGUUCCUGUUCCUUCUGGUGGUUGGAUUCCAUUACAUAAACGCCAACAUGGGAAGAACUGCCAGCCUAACAAAACAUAAAUGAAGGUACGUUGGAUUCUUUAAGCAUUAGAAUAACUUCUUUUCCACAAAAAUGUUGUUUUGUUCGGAAAUUUCUAGCGUGUAAGUUUGAAUUGAAUAAAAAAAAAUGACAGAAGUCAGAUAAUGAUGUCCAUAACAGAAUAA